AUGGACAAUGACGCAGCGCGUGCUACCGAACCUGGCCAUGGGCCAAAUCGUCUUGAUAACAGAGAACAUAUCCCGAACAUCACCGAGCCGCUUGUUGGCGGCACAGUGGAUACAUUGGAUCCUAAAGAGGACGAACAGACGGGUCUGGAGGAUAUUGAUGACGAAAGGCAUCAGGAGUUGACGGACCCGAAGACUGCUCCGAUUCAAAUCCAGCCUGUGUUCACAUAUUCCAAACCGCCCUCACAGCAUUUGCAGGCGUCGCCAACUCCCCCUCCACCACCACUGCCACCUCCGGCAGUCUCAAACCCACAGAACAAAGCCUUGUCUGCUGACCUUCAUUAUCAGCCUAAGCUCACAAGCGUCGUUGUCGACUCUACCCAGUCAUCUCCCGAUGACACGUCCGAUGGCAGCUACAGCUCAAGUGAAGGGUUCAGCACGUUGACACGUUCAAGUGCUUCAACAACUCGACCGACAACCGCCACCGAUUGGCCUCCACCUUCACUCACGCCAAUAAUCACUGCUUCUGCACCUGCGCCGCCUUCUGGAGCAAGAAAAGAAAUCGGCUUUCCGCCACCGGCGGACCCUGUCUUGACAUUGAUGGGACUACUACCCUCAACGACACCGACGAGCCCGAUCAGCUCGUCUUACGUAUACUCUACGCCAGACCCCAAUGCAGCGGCCAAGCAUGACAAGGGCAACGUACACCCCAAAGUAGAAAUGGCUCUUCUUGCUCUGGGCUCGGUUGGUGCAUCAAUUAUUAUUGCGAGUUGGAAACCACAUUUCCCCCAGAACACGUCGAGAGACAAACCAAAGUUAUUCGUGACGAAUGCACUCGCUCACAUUCCUGUCCUCAAAGACCGUGUAGCCAAUCGGCAGCACCGCUGGACAGACCUUGAUCGAGCAGAUUUGGGCCCGUCGAGUGAGAAGGCUAACGUGGCCCAGUCACUGGCGACACCACAGCCGCCUCUCACGGGCGUAGCUGUUCAGACUGAUUUUGUAAGACAGAGCAUGCGCACUGAGGGGCCUCCAAAUGGAGCGAGCGUCCACAUGCAAAAGAUAUCCAUAUCGUCCAUUCAGUCUUCGACCCGCAACACUCUGCUCCCUGAAGCUCAAUUCCGCAACGGUCGCCUGAGCAACGUGUCCUCCCUCUCAUCUGGGUUUGGCGACGGGCAUUUCAUCAUGGACAGCUUGAACAGCAGCGCCAACUUGGCAAGCAACACGGCCUCUGAGACUCCAAUCAAGGCACCAUGGCCCGUGGCAAGGCGAGAAAGCGUUGGAACUUUGAGCCAGCGACGCGACACCGUGUAUACCGAAGCAAGUGAGGACAUGCGUCCGCGAUUUCGCACUGUCAAUUCAUGGGUGAGGCAGCAGAUGGGACGGAUGAAGCGCGUACAUGAGCUCAAUGAGGCAACAGACGCCCCUCCUGUGCCCUCAUUGCCGCCUGAGCAGGACUUUGGUCUCAUGAUGCCUGACGGAGAAGAGCCUCGGCGGGCAGACUCUGUAAUAAUAGGAUACGGUGUAGCUCGAUGA